CGUUUAGCUCGCUUAUGUAAAUAUAUAGUUGUAUGGUGAAUUGUGUGUUGAACUUUAAUACUAGUACUAGUCAGCCUCGCCUUACCGAUAAGUUUUGAAUUUGUGUUAACUUAUUGAUAACAUCUUUCGCGGGGUUCAAGAUGUUCAAGUUACGGCUCAAACUAUCGAAUGCUCUAGCCCUCAAGCGCAUGAUGUCAACUCAAGAAUCAGAUGUCCUAUUUGAAACCCUAAACAAUGCAGGCAUUAUCACACUAAAUCGUCCCAAAGCCCUAAAUUCUCUUAACACGUCUAUGGUAACAAAACUAUUACCGCAGCUUCAAGAAUGGGAAAACACUAAAACCUGUGUCAUAGUGAAAGGAGCGGGGGACAAAGCUUUCUGUGCAGGCGGAGAUGUUAAAGCGGCUAUAGAUAAGGUAGAAGGACCGAUCUUCUUCCAUACAGAAUAUAAUGUAAACUAUCUUAUUGGAAAGUAUAAGAUUCCUUACAUAGCGAUAAUCAAUGGAAUCACCAUGGGAGGUGGUUUAGGUUUGUCAGUGCAUGGACGGUACAGGGUAGCAACAGAGAAGACUCUCAUAGCUAUGCCGGAGACAAAGAUUGGAUUGUUCCCAGAUGUCGGUGGAUCAUAUUUCUUGCCGAGGUUGCAGGUCAAUUUAGGAUUGUAUUUAGGAUUAACAGGUGACAGAUUAAAAGGCAAAGACAUUGUCAAAGCCGGCAUAGCCACCCACUUCGUCCCAUCCUCCCGUCUCUACGAGCUAGAGACUCUUCUCUCCCGCUGCUCCAACGAGAAUGAGAUACAAGCGCUGCUGACCAAGUUCCAUGAGCCGGCUGAGGAGUUCUCUCUAGCGGAGAAUAUUAAGCAUAUUAAUUAUUGCUUCGCUGCUGGCAGCGUCGAGGAGAUUAUUGAGAGGCUGCAAAAAGUUAAUAAUGACUGGUCUAAUAAAACAUUGAAGACGCUUCACUCCGUGUGCCCCGGCUCGCUCAAGAUCACCCUGCGUGCGCUGCAGCGCGGGGCGCAGCUACACCUGGGGCAGUGCCUCAAGAUGGAGUACCGAGUGGCCUGCCGCAGCACCGAGAGCCACGACUUUCCUGAAGGUGUCCGCGCCCUCCUAAUUGACAAAGACAACAGUCCUAAAUGGAAACCGGCCACCCUCGCGGAAGUGACCGACGACUAUGUGGAAGAGUUUUUCAAGAAGCUUCCAGAAGAUAGGGAACUCAAGUUCUUCGACUUUGAGUCUAAACUCUAACUACCUGGUAUGCAAUACCUCUUGCAAACCCUGGGAGGUGCGAUACACUCGCGAAAAGGGGAAUCGUAAUUCGUGUCGAUUUAAAACACUCCUGUCGUUCGUGUUUUAAUUUAUCGUCACUCGUUUCGAAUUGUCUCUUUUCCGCACUUGUAUCGUAAUGUAAAUUAGUACAUCACCUCUCAGAGUUUGGUUCAUUCGGUAUAAAGUAAGGAGAAAUGUAAAAGAUAACAGAUAGCAUUACUUACGUAAUCUUUAUAAUUUCAAAUCCCAUACAACCAAAUUCAUACCUAGCUAAGAUUCAACGAUUUGUUACACUAAUUUGCAACGAUUUUGAGUCUUGCAUAAGAAAGGUUAAGCCGGAUGCACAAACGCUCACAAUAAUAUCUCUUUCGUAGCUAUCUAUCUCUAUCGAUGUUGCGUAUUGACGCGACAGAGCCAGACUACCUUUCUGCGGUUUCGAUUUCGUUUCGCAUCGCGGAAAUGUCAUUCGGCUACGGGGCCUGACCAAAAAUAUAUGAUUAGUCAGAUGGGCGCUAUUAUUCUGAUGUAUGGGAUAACAGUUCAGUUACAUGGUAGUCAAUGACUACCAUAGUCAUAUAUUUCUGGUCAUGAUUUAAACGGUUCAUUUUCCUGUAACCUUGAUGUUUACAAUAACAUUUGCACCGGAGUUGUCAAAAUCGCUGGUAACCUAGCUUAGUAUGACUAUACAACUGAUUAUUCCGGUACAAAAUAAUUUUCUCCAUAACAUUUGUUUUGGUCUAGUCAAAUAAAAUAAAACAAAUUUUAACAGGAACAUUUCGAAAAAUUUAUUUUUUUGUAUGAAUGAAUACAGUUAAAAAUGACGAGUUUCGAACUACGUUCGACCCGAACGCGUGAAAAUUAGUGUCCGACCGAAACAUGUUUUCUGGCGAAACUGACGAAGGUUCGGCC